AUGUGCAUGUGCGUGUGCGGCGUGGGGAGCUGGUGUGUGGGCGCAGAGGCGGUCGUAGCUCCAGCCCAACGUCAGCGAAACUCCAGCGGCUGUGGGCUGUCCAUCCUCCCGCUCCAGCAUCCUCCAGUCCCGUCUAUGGUGGUGACUGACGAGGCAGCCAAGAUGUCCCGGACCGACGAGGUGCACCGCAUCACGGAGAAUGUGUACAAGACCAGAGACUGUAACUUGUGA